AUUGUCAUUUUGCGACGGGCGGUGGCCGAGUGAGGGGGGUAGGAGGUUAUUGGUGCACUCGGGGAACGGGGACGUGGAUUUGUGUAUUUGUAUAUCGAUAGCGCUUAUGGCGAGGUUUUUCGAGUUUGACGGGAGGUCCGCGCUCAAGAGUGCCCGUCCGCACGCGGAGAUAGACAAGGGCGUGAUUAGGCACUUCGCGCUGAGGUUAUCGAGAUUUAAGCCGGAGGGAGUCGCGAAGUUCAUGCUGAGCGAUUUGUGCCGAUAUUUUUCAAAAAAAUAUAGUGCAAUGCGUUUGAGAGGCGCGGUUAUUUAGGUACAGCGCUGGGUGUCGCACAAGUAUGGGCUUCUUUUUAGAGGGUGAAACGUUGAGGUGGAGCGAGCUGAAGGAGCAUGCGCGGAUGAUCAAGGACUACGGGGUGGAGCAAUUUUUGGCGGCGUACAGCGCGAACAAGUGCAUAAGGAGCAGGUUUUUGUGGGGCGACGAGGUAUGCACGAAGACGUGAAAAUUGAGUGGGGAAAUGCGCGGGCGAGUGGUUCGGUUGCGCGCGAGAAAAGGGGGGAGGUGUGGAGCGUUAGGACGCGAGGGGGUCCCUGCGGCCGUUUCCGCGCUGCGCGCUUUCAGCGGGUGGGGUUGAUUGACUGUAUUGCGACUAAACAAAAAAAAAUUGUGCGUCGGAAACGGACGAGGAGCAAGGUUGAGUACAUGAUAGUGCACAUGGACGACGAGAAGAAGGAGGUCGCUCUGUCGCUGCGAGCAGUGGAGUUGAUAUCGGAGCUGCAGGGCCUGGAGGAUGGGCGCGGUGAGCACGAGAGGACCGUGUUGUGGAGGCCUGAGUACGCGGCGUACAUGAUUGAGGGGACGCCAGGGAGGCCGUUUGGGAGCGAGUGGGGCGAACACAAGAGGUUGGAGGAGAACAUGAUGGAGCGCCGAGGGCAGAUAAAGCGGGUGCUGGGGCGCGGAGAGUACGUGGUGACGAUGCCGAGUUUUCCGCUGUUGGGAUGUGACGGGGGCGUCAGGGGCAGGAAGAGCGUGAUGGAGGAGAACUCGAAGUCGAUAUACGUGUCCGACGAGGUGACAAACAGUCACAAGAGGUUUGGCACGCUGACAAAAAACAUAAGGGAGAGGAGGGGGUGCAACGUGGUGAUCAACGUGCCCCAGUACCUGGACGAGUCGACGGAGAGGAUGGAGUACAAGGAGUUGAGAGAGUGUCUGGGCAGGGAGGCGGAGGACGGGUGCGUGUACAUGGAUGCGAUGGCAUUUGGGAUGGGAAUGUGUUGUUUGCAAUGUACGAUUCAGUGUGUAGACAUACACGAGGCUGGUUGUGUGUAUGACCAAUUGGUCGUGUUUGCGCCAGUGAUGAUGGCGCUGACGGCGGGGACGGUGUGUCAGCGGGGAAUGCUGGUGGACACGGACCUGAGGUGGAACAUAAUAGGCGCGUCGGUGGACGACAGGACGGCGGAGGAAAGGGGGCUGGUCGAGGGCUCAAAGGGGAUUCCUAAGUCGAGGUACGGGUCGGUUGACUCGUUCUUGUAUGUGAGAAACCUGGCCAGGGACGAGGAGGAGGCGAGGAAGGUCGAGGCGUACUACAAUGACUUGGAAGUGCUGAUCGACAAAGACGCUCACGAGCGCAUCUUGUCCGCCGGGGUCGACAGUCUACUGGCUCAACACAUCGCCCACCUGUUCAUAAGAGACCCGCUAGUAGUUUACAGACACAGGAUGAAGGGCGAUGCGUCGAACAACGACCACUUCGAAUGCAUUCAGUCCACCAACUGGCAGACGGUCCGCUUCAAGCCCCCUGUUCUCUCUCAGAACUUGGGGUGGCGCGUGGAGUUCAGGCCUAUGGAGGUCCAAGCGACCGACUCGGAAAACGCGGCGUUCGUCACCUUCGUCAUCUUGCUGGUCAAGACCAUCAUCGCAUUUCGCCUGAAAUUCUACAUUCCUAUCUCCAAAAUCGACCGCAACAUUCACACGGCCCACCUGAGAAACGCCGUCCUGUCCCAGAAGUUUCACUGGAGACGUGACGUCUACGACCACCUCGACUCCCCCUCCACCGCUCCCGCACCCCUCGCCUGCGACGAGGCGCUCAUGUCCAUCGAUCAAAUCAUCAACGGGUCUCCCGACCACCUGGGCAUCAUCUCCGUCAUGAAGCGCUACCUGUCCACCACGGACAUCGACGACUCCGCCCGGCGCCACAUCCUAUCCAAACUCGACAUCGUCUCCAAGCGCGCGUCCGGACAGUCCGAGACCUACGCCACUUGGCAGCGCAAGUUCAUCACCUCCCACCCGAAAUACCAGAAAAACAGCGUCGUCACCCAAGAAAUAGCAUAUGACCUCGUCAAAGCUAUCCUCUCCCGCACCACCCCCUGA